AACACAAUAAGAUUCUGAUACCUGAUUAUCUUGUCAGCCAAUCAGAACACAUCCCUACUUUGGUCAGUGAGAUUCUAAGAGUAUAACUAAGGAAACUCUGAUACUCACAUAGUUGGACAGUAACGCAGAAACACACACAAAGAUAGAGGAGUUAGGUUAGGGAGAAGUCCUGAAGGCUGAUCCCUAUAGAACAGAUCCUGUGGGCAUAUUUAAAAGGAACUCUGUAUCACUUGCUGUCUCUGGGCUGGAUAAUCGAAAUAAAUUAGCUUCAUCUCUGGAAAAGAACUGUGGUUGUUUCCUUUUACCUGGUUGUGGUAAAUCUUGGAAUCUUCAGUAUAUUUGUAAUAUACUACAUCUACACUAUACACAACAUUUUGGUGCCGUGACCCGGAUUGAUUUAAUAUAUCGCAACAUUUUGGUGCCGUGACUAGUGACCAGAAGAAGCGUGGAAGAUUUGUGACCCAAGAGUCUGCAGUGAAGCCCUGGAAGGAAGUGUGGAACCCUAGGACGGUGGUCUGGAAAUCUGUGACUGUGAACCUAAAAGGGUUGGUAAGAAUAUUGUUUUUUUUUUUUUAAUUAUAUAUAUAAUUUAUUUUAAGUUAGCACUCUUUUAUAUAUAUAUAUAUAUUUUUUAGCCAGUGGUAAUAGCACUAAGGGAGAAAUGGUCAGCACCUGGUUGGUUAGUUAUAUUAAAAAUCAUGGGGGACCAUAUGAAAUCCCUCAAGAAUGUAAAAAUUCAUGGGAUUUAAUGAAAGAUUUUAUAGCUGACAGUGUUUUUGAUAAGAAAACUAAGGAAGCAAAACGCAAAGGACUUAUCAUACAGGGAUUGGUCUCCUGCUGUUUAGAAAUGGCAGAAAUUAUUAAACAAAAGGAGACUGAUAUCACAGAACAGGCAGAUAAGUAUAAGACUUUACUGAGAGAGUCAAAUGAAAAGAUCUCAGAGUUAAGGUUACAUGCCAUAACCACUGGGGAGGCAUUGCUUGAGAAGGCCAAUCUAUGUGACCACUUAACCGGUGUAAAUGACGUAUUGUCAGUAAAAAUACAGGAUGUAGAAAAGGAGCUGGAGGAGCAUAAACAUGCAAUAAAUAUUGCUUUUGAUAAGGUUGGGAAUAAUUCUGACCAAUCUUGUGAAAACAAUAUUUCUAAAUUUAACACAGAAAUUAAAGGACAUAAACAACUGUACCCUUGGAAUGAAUUAGAUCAAGCAUGUAGUUUCCCAGCAGCUCCUGUUGUCACUACAACUGUUUUAAAUACUGACAAUACAGGGGAGGUACAGCUCAUCUCAAAACAAUUAAAGCCCCAAGAGAUGGAUGCAAUAGAUAGAGAGAUUGGGCAGGUACCAAGAUAUGAUAUCAACAGAUUCAUGAAGUGGUUCUGUGAGUUGCAAAGGGUCAGAGAGACGUAUAAUUUGAAUCCUGAGGAUGUAGAUAGAGUGUUGCAGAGAGUAGUUGGAAAUGGUUUAUGGGUAAGGAUUGUACAGAACUGUGGGCAGCAGCGCAGGACAAGGGAUGUGUUAAAGGAAAUACUUAGGGCGUUGUAUGGUAUCACAUCAAAUGUGUCUUUGUCCGGUAAAUUAAAGCAAAUGAAGCAGGAAUGUCCUUAUGAAUUAUCACAUAGAAUAGCCACAGUUAUGGAACAAAUUCUAAAUGAUAAUCCAGGAUUUGAACAUGGUGGUUUAAUUCAUAGGGUCAUGUUGUUAGAAGCUUUAGAGGAGGAUGUCAGGGAAGGAAUAUUAUCUAUCACUCCUGAUCCUACGGAUCUAAAAGACAUUCUGUUGAGGGCAGAUAAUUUGUGGCGAAAGAAGAAUAAGGAGGAAAGUUUUGUAGUGGAUGCUGCUAGAAUUUUUAGAGUAGAGGGACAGCAGAGAAAGGAGUGUAUUGAUUUUAAAGGGCCUAGGCAAGGGAAAAUAUUCUCCAAUUCAGAAAGCCAGAAAGGAAAAUAUGAAUCUAGAUGGCAGAAUAGACAAAACAAUCAAAGAGAUUGCAAAUCUAGAACUUGGAUACCCUUUCCCCAACUAAAAAGGGAACAUGAAAAACUUAAAUUCGAAUAUGAUAAGAUCAGGGCUGAGAGGGAUCUUUUAAAACAACAAGUUUCUUUACUGGAAACAGAACUUUCCAAAUUAAGGCGUGCCCCUCUUACACAUUCUGGUGUUAAGGACCAUGGGGGAGGAACUUUAAUAGAAUUCUAAACCCAUACAUGCCACUUAAAUGUUCAAUUGCACUUUCCUUUCAUUUAUCUCGAGACAAUGUAAUUUAUGUAGAAUAUAUGAAUUAAUAUUUUUCUCUAAGUUUUAUCUUCCAGGAAAAGAUCUUCAAGCAGAAGGAUAAAUGUGUCUGAAUUUGGUGGUCAUGUUUAACUUGUUUUUUUUUUUCAUCUCACACUUAAGCAGCUUUUCAAAUUUUUUUAAUGACAGUAGAGCAUUGAUAGAUGAGACCUAAAGUUUCCAAGUGGGGGUGUGAAGGAAUUUGCAUGACACAGAGGGAGAGGUGUUGGAUGUUGACACCACAGAAGUUUUUUGACUGGAUGCAGUAGUGCAAUGGGCUGGAUACUGUUUGAUGUCAAAAUAUAUUCUUCAGACUUCUUCUAUAACUUAUGUUCUCCCACAAAUAUAAUAGGUCAAUGGGAUUUUUAAAGGAAAAAAUGAAUGAACUGUUCUGAUGUUUGUCAGUGUCUAAAUCAGUCUUAAGUGGGAAGAUGGAAAUGCAAUGAAAAGAACUCAUUAACAUACAAACAGGACAUUAUUUACAAAGUUUCAGGACUUGAAUGUCUACUUUUAACUAAGUAACAUCCACCUUGUUAUUAUUCAGUGUUUUGUUUUAUUCAGUGUCUUUCUGUAUACAUGUUUUUGCUUUUUAAUGUAAAAAAAAAAAAAAAAAUCCAGAGAAUGGCCCAGAGAAAGUGCAAAUAUAUUAAUGUUGCUAUGCAUAUCUGUCUAGAGAUGCUAAAACAAGGGCUCAUAUUUAGCAUGUAGUCCAUAGGGGGUGUUGGAAGCUAAAUGUACAGACAUGGGUGGAUUUAUAAAGAACACAUAUACUCAGAAUAUUGAUGUUUUGGCUGCAUAUUUGCAGGGAUAUAUCCAUUAAUAUUCUGACUAGAUCAGGUAAGGGUGAUAUUGUGUCCAAAGCUAGAGUUUGUGGCUAAAUGUGGGUUUUCUGAGAAAGAAAAAAAAAAAAAGAUCAGACUGUAAGAAGACCACGAGCUACAGAUCCAUCCAACACCAGCACCAAUACCAGAUCCUGUGUACUCAGUCAACUGCUACAUUGAACUAAAGAGAACCAAACGCUUGGAGGAAAAACCCCAGAUGCUGCAAGAACUUAAUGUGUUGUGUACUGGGUAGGGAAGUGGGGGAGUGAUGGGAGUGGCAAGGAAUCCUGCCUGGAUCACAAAGACCCCAACCCUGGAAAGAAUGGAGUUUGUGGACAGAAAUGUUUCACAGUCUGUUUAAUGAUUGGAUUUAAUUCUCUGCAAAGACUUAGUACAACUUAUACAGUAAGCAGGUGAAUAUUUCUGACUGGUGACUGAAAAUAUCUACUUAUGACUGGAAAGGAAAUGAUCGACUCAUUCAGUGUUGCAACUAAUCCUGUACAUACCCACCAGAACCUGCCACUUGCAAUAGAUUUGGGUACUUAUUCAUCCUAAAUGGGAAAUAGAAAGAGCUGGAGAAGUGAUAUGUAACCAGUUCUAUUAGCAUCUCUAGAAAAUUUAAGAGCCUUGGUUUAGCAUUCUCUAUAACACAAUUACAAACUAUCAUGU